CUAGAGCGCACACAAUGGCCAGCCAUCGUCCAUAAAUCACGGCGAGACAUUCUACAGGCUCUGACUCAGCUGCCCAAUCCCCGUGCUCUAAUUGUGGACCAUGUUCUAGGCCAAGGACCCAGCGGGGGAGACCCAGACAUCGCGAGCCCAUGGCAAGAUUGGCAACAGAUAGCUUGCAUUGUCAGUGCCUUGGAGCACGUCUUAGACUGGUGUGAGAUGACGGCCUGCGAUACAGGCCGAUCACUCUUAUGUUGGCUUUACAGUUCAAGGCCUGAGUUUUGCUGUCAGAACCCCUUUACUCCCCUGGCUGAAGAUAGUAGCCGGAAGAGAUAUUAGAGAUUAUGGAAGCGGUUUAUAGCCUUUGUCAAUUAAGGGCAUCUAAUGCCCAUUUCCGUUCGAGAGCCCGAAACGAAAAUAAGGCGAUGUAGAGC